CUCCGUUUUCUGUUCAGUCGUUUGCAAAUAAGCGUGCGGGGCAGUUGUUUUGCACGAGUUCUCCCUGAAAGUUUACCAUUUUUAUUUUCGUUGUGCCUUUUUUAUUUCAAUUGUGUCGUGUAUUUCCGAAUUGGACAUAAGAAUAGUGUCCUGUGAAUGCAUUGCCCCAUCUCCAGUUGAUGCAAGUGUUGCGAUUUGGAGGUGAAAAGUGUGAAAAGGAAGAAUUCUUCUGGACUAAUUUCCGCGUGAGUGCUCGUGAAAAUCCACCUUAUUUCCGCAUUGAAGGGCACCAGAAAAUUUCCCAAGUGAGAAUCCCAUAGCUAAUUUGGCAAAAAAUUGCUGAGGAAAAGCGUGAAAAGAUUAUUUUUGACGAGAGCGAAAGAGACAGUGGCGGAGAUUGAACUUUGUACUGUUGGAUUUUUGUUUGUGUGUGCGUGCAGAUUUGUCGGUGGCUGAGAAGUUGCUUUUUUUCAUGUGGUGAAGCGGAUAAAGAGAAAGCACAGUGUUUAUCAUUGUUUUUGGUGACGCAAAAGGUGUGGGCUUCAGGUGGGUCCGAGCAACAGUGAAGGGGAGAAAUUUUCUUUCAUUCUCCGGGCAGUUUUUUCCUAGAAAUCUGCCAUGGCGGAAGCCCAUUCGGCCGUUGCCUUCUCAUUUUCCAUCACCCACGAAGGUUUUGACAUCAACUAUGACCAGGAGGUGCUCAAUCUCGUCUGGCAAUCUGGUGUGAGGUCAUGGAAGAAGAGAAUUGCAAGAUUUCGCAAUGGAUUGCGAAAUGGAAUUUAUCCAGCACAUUUGCAGAGUCUGUGGUUGGUAAUAGCGAUAGCCGUGGCGUUGCAUUUCUCUGGCAAACGAGUUCCGCUGGAUAUGGUUAAUAGCAUUAGACCAAUACUACCUGGAGAUUCUGCUGUGUGGCAAUUGGUGGCCUGUAGUCUCACGGGUCUUGUAUUUUGGCUCUCAAUUUGCUACACCAUGAGAUAUUCACUCAAGCUGUUGCUUAUGUACAAAGGAUGGAUGUAUGAGGCACGAGGCAAAGGGAAAUCCAUUUCUUUUAAGACAAAAUUCUGGGCAGCAAUUGUUAAGGUGCUGUCAACGUGGAACAAGCCGGGAUUGUACAGUUUCCAGGGUUCCCUACCCCGGCUACCACUGCCUUCCGUGCACGAUACCAUGACACGGUACCUGAGAUCAGUUCGUCCUCUGCUGGACGAUGAGAACUACAAUCGCAUGACGCAACUGGCUAAAGAGUUUGAGAGUGGGAUUGGGAAGAAGCUGCAGAGGUACCUGACUCUCAAAAGUUGGUGGUCAACAAAUUAUGUGUCCGAUUGGUGGGAGGAAUAUGUGUACCUGAGGGGUAGAAGUGGUUUAAUGGUGAACAGCAAUUUCUACGGCAUUGAUGCCAUUUUUACGAAUUUAACAGAAAAUCAAGCUGCCCGGGCAGCCAAUAUUACGCAUCUCCUGCUCAAUUUUAGGCGCAUUGUGGAGCGUCAGGAGCUGGAACCGAUCCUUGUACAGGGUCUCGUGCCACUGUGUUCAUGGCAGUACGAGAGAAUCUUCAAUACAGUCCGUGUUCCUGGCAUUGAAACGGACAAAAUUGUCCACUAUCAGGAUUCCAAUCACAUUGUUGUCCUACACAAAGGAUGCUACCACAAAGUCAUCAUUUACCAUCGUGGACGGCUCCUGAGGCCGUGUGAGAUUCAAAUACAAAUGGAACAGAUCCUCAAGAGUGACAGUACUCCUUCGCCUGGCGAGGAAUUGCUGGCAUCUCUAACGGCUGGGGAUCGUACAAAGUGGGCAGAAGUGCGACUGAGUCAGUUCUCAAAGGGCGUCAACAAGCAAUCGCUGUACAUUGUUGAGAGCGCUGCCUUUAUUGUGGCUCUCGAUGAUGAAGAAUAUGAAUUUGACGUGAAGAAUCCAGCUAAACUUGAUCACUACGGCAGGAUACUUCUUCAUGGCAACGGACACGAUAGGUGGUUCGACAAGAGUUUCACCGUCUGCGUGGGGAAGAAUGGAAGGGUUGGUUUUAAUGCGGAACACACCUGGGCGGACGCUGCUGUUCUGUCACACAUGUGGGAACAUUACAUUGUGGAGGAAAAAUUAGCCAAUCGGGCUGAUGCUCCUAUUAAAGGACAUGUUUGGGAGUAUGUAGUGGCGAACGAAAUCAGCAUUGGAUACGACGAAAAAGGAAAUUGCUUUGGAACAGCAGAAUUUCAACCACCGGCUCCAACGAGAUUGGCAUGGGACUUAAAAAAUCCUGUUUGCUUAACAGCCAUCGAAGAAGCGCAUGAAGCUGCGCAAUUAGUAUUAAAUGAUCUCGACCUGAAGGUUUACAUGCAUAAUGCCUACGGAAAAGGCUUCAUGAAGACCUGUCGUGUGUCUCCGGACGCAUUUAUUCAGAUGGCGCUGCAGCUGGCGUACUUCAGGGACGCUGGACGUUUCAGUCUGACCUACGAAGCGUCCAUGACACGUCUGUUCCGCGAAGGACGUACCGAAACUGUUCGUCCGUGUACGAUAGAGUCAGCUGCCUUCGUGAGGGCAAUCGACAAGAAGCCCCAGUGGAAUGUAGAGGAAUGCGUGAAACUGAUGCAAAAGGCGUGCUCGAGGCAUCAGUUGGCAUAUCAGGAUGCCAUGUGUGGCAAGGGAAUCGAUCGGCACCUGUUUUGCCUGUAUGUGGUAUCCAAGUACCUGGAAGUGGAGUCGCCCUUCCUCAAGGAAGUUCUCAGUGAACCCUGGCGACUGUCCACGAGUCAAACACCCCACGGACAGACAACAAUGUUCGAUUUCUCCAAGAAUCCAGAGUAUAUCAGUGCUGGUGGUGGUUUUGGACCCGUAGCUGAUGAUGGUUACGGUGUUUCGUACAUUGUAGCUGGAGAGGAUUUGAUCUUCUUCCAUAUUUCCGCAAAAAAGAGCUGUGAGUUGACGGAUGCUUCACGUUUCGCUGAGCGAAUUGGUCAAGCUCUGGCGGACAUCAGGAUCCUCUUUGAGGAGUACAAAAGUCUAACUAGCAAUGGAACGGCGGCCCACAAGAAGGCCUCAAAUGGAAUUGCCAAUCACAACUGAGGCGAGGAACUUGAUAAGGAAAGAGUAAUCAGAGAAUCACAAGGGGAAAAAAUGAAAAAUCUCUGAUGAUCCCGCCAGAGAAAAGUCACAAGUCACAGAUCAUCCUUCUUUCACUUGUUCUGCCAUCCGCCUAAUUUGGCGAACAUGAAAGAAAUUUUUAUUUAUUAUCAAACAAAGGAAAACAAGGAAACAUUAAUUUAAAUGAAAAAAAUAAUGGGUUGAUAAUUGAUUUUUACAGCCCCUCUAAAUUCUUUGAAUGGAAUUCUCCUUAACGUAGUCUAAAUUUUUCUAGAAUAAAAAAAUUGGUUGUUUUUUUUUCUUUUUUAUUAUUAUUACUUUCAUAUUUUUUUUGUAUAGAAAAUUUUAUUGAUAUUAUCAUGUUAAAAUUUAGAAUAAGUUAUUAUCGAAAAUAUACUGUGAAAGUUGAAAUGAACAGUUGAUGGUGUGACAUUUCGAAAGAGAAAAAAAGUGAUGAGAAAGGCACUUUCUUGUCUCAUUCCAAGGAAAUACCUAAAGAAAAUUUUUAAAGAUCCAGGUGGAAUUGUGGAGGACAAUCCUUUCCUGUGUGAAUUGUGUCCAACGAAAAGACACUUGAGCUGAUAAGAAAAAAAAUGUGUAAAUAAAAAUUUCAAAAUAGUUGUCACUUUUUUUGGUAGCGGAUUUCGUUGUAAGGAAUUGAGAAAUUCUGUUUCUAAAUAACAUCUUAUUAGUUUUUAGGGCAGACAUCAAUGCAAAACUCUAAUACUUGUUUUAAUUAAACUUUAACGGAAUGUGAUUGAAGCUAUUGCAAAUAAAUUAUCUGAAAUAUACAAAA